AACAUCAGUUACUGCAAGAUGAGAGGUUUACUCUUACUGAUUAAUACUCUGUUACUGCUGGAGUCAACAGAAAACAAAGAAUAUGAUAAACUAAACCAACAUGAGAAAAAUAUUAUUGACAAAGCAAUAGAAGAAGCCAAUGAGAGACAUGGGAAAAACAAACACAUUGAUUUUGACUCCAUCUUAAGCACUAAUUAUGACAAGGGCAUGAUUAAUGUGUUAUUAAAACCCACCUCGUGUGACAAGGCAAGACUGUUUGUCCAUCGGAAAGACUGUGAAAUCCAAAUGAAGGCUACACCUCAAGUUUCUUGUGUUGAAUGUCAUGGAUCAAUGUCCUGUUUUCUUCUCAGAGAACAAGAAAAGGUACAUCAGAUAUUAGUCACAUACUGA